UAUGCUAUCAUUUGCAAUUCUGCCGGAAUUGACUUUUUUAUGGAUUUUCGUUGCAGUUUGUUCAGUCUUCCUCAGGAUUUUCACAUUUUUGUAAAAUUAGCAAUAAAACUUGGAAGAAUUAAUUAAAAACUAAAAUAAUGUAAAGGUGUGCAUUUAAGCGAUGUCGAAUGAUUAUUAUGCAAAUGUAUCGGGGACGCCUUCGUGCUCCUCAUCGCGUUGGCUGACUGAGGAGGUUUUCAAGCUGAUCGAUAUGGUGCAACAUGAUGAAGCCAUUUAUAAUCCUCGUCACAAAUACUACUUUUGUCGGCCAUAUGUCGAGAAUUUUUGGCGCGAAGUUGAUCAAAAACUGGAAAAAAACCCCGGCGCUAGUCUCGCAAAAUGGACAAAUUUGCGUAUAUCAUUUCGUCGGGAAUACACAAAUUAUUUAGAAGAAAAGGUACCACCAUGUUGGACAUAUUUUGACCGCAUGUUUUUCCUGCAUCCAUAUCUAAGAAAAAAACAUUCGCAGCCUAAAUCGCUCGACUCACAAGUGCAGGAUGCAUUGGUACGCAUCAGUUCUUUGUCAGAUCGUUUGCAACGGGAACGUACCGCGGCAGUAGCUGCAAAUGCGGCUGUCGCACUUGGCGGCACGAGUGUUACCGGCGAUGUGAAUGCGUCACAUUUGCACUCCCAGCAGUCGCAUCAGCAGCCAUUAGAUAAUUAUUUAGAAUAUUUUGAUGAUCCCGAGCAGAAUAACUCAGAUGAUUUAGACGAUGUUAUUGAUGAUGAGCAGCGGUCACGAUUUCGGCAUACUGAGCAACACUUGCAUACACUCAGUAGUGACAUAAAAUCUGAAUGUGAUGAUGUCAAAUCAGAUGUUGAUGACUAUGAGCCCGAAUCCGCUGUGCGACCAGACGAGGAAGAUAAUGAGUUGGAAGAGAUGGAAAUGCGUAAUUUUAUGAUGGAUUCUUAUGCCAGUAGCAGCACACAUAUUCCUCCAGAGGAUAGGCGAGCACAGCUGCGUGUGCAACAACUGAUGCGCUUGCAAGCGCGUUCUUAUCAAGAUGAACUGCGUAUCAAGCGACCACGCUCUCAAGAAAGCAUAAGCAGUACACAAAUAAACAAUGGAGGUAGUGGCAGUACUGCCAGUAUAAUUGGUGGUAACGUGCACAAUAGCGCCAGCGCUGCAAACUCUGUGGGUGCUACUGUUAGUGGACAUCCACGUAUGCAUUGCUCAACAGGAAACACUGCACCUGUGCACACAAAUGUGUCAUUUGUGCGACCAACACUUGCCAAACCUAUGGAAUUGGUCAGCACCACCACAAGUAACAGUGGUGGCAGUGUAGGCUUGAGCAUUGGCGCUGGCGUUAGUGUUAGUAAUUCAUUAAUGAACAAUACAAAUAACGAGGGAGAAUUGAAUGCCAGUAGUACAUCCAGCGCUAACAGUCAGAUUGCAGCAUCUUCAACGGUUUUAAAUCCGCAUCAGCGACAUAGCACUACGGCCCAUCACAGCCACAAUUUCAAUCAUCAUGGCAGUGGCAGUAGUAAUGGUUCUCACCAUCGUUUGGAAAUUGCGGCCAUCUCUUCUGGUACUGGUAGUGCUGCUGCAGGUGCAAUUGGAACAGGAUCUGCUGGCGUAUCGGUGUCGACGUUAAUGAAUAACACACCAGCAGCCACUGCACCAGCGCCAGUGGCACCAAAUCAUGUGGAGUUGUGCGAUUGCAAAAUAGAUCCUGAUGCUAUGUUUCUCAUGAGUUUGCUACCCGAUAUACAAAAAUUAAAUGGGCGAGAUCGAGGAAAAAUCAAAAUCGCAUUUCAGAAUAUACUGCAGGACUACUUGUAUCCGGACUAGGUGUGCAUCAAUUGCUUUAAUUUAAUGUACUCGCUUAAAAGUCAUAUUUCGUUACAAGAAGCAUACAAUUGAAAAUAGCGGUUUCGAAAGCAAGCAACGUCGCCAACAAUAAAAAUUUAAUGGAAAUGAAACGAAUGUUUUAGAAAUGUGCUAAUCGUUUAUGUAAGUGGAAGCCUAUUAUUUAUAUUUAUGAGGCGAUGAACAAAUUUAUAAAUAUUUUAAGGUGCUAAACACUAAAAACUUGGUUAAUCUUCGGUAGUACGAAAAUACCCAAGCCCAUGACGUAUCUAUAUAGAAUCCAAGCAUUAGGGAUUUACUAUUAAGAUGAUUUAUUUCUGCACCUGCAGUCUUUAAACCCUACCCUAUAGCUUUAGAAACAAUUAAACAUUUUUGAAACACAGUCGCCAAUACUUUACCUUUAAAUAUGUACUGCUAAAAUAUGUAGGUCUGUUCAUGAAGCAAAUAGUCUGUAACUAUUGUUACAAAUUAUCACGUUUUGGUGUACAUGUACCCAAUAAAAGUAGGGGAAAACGAGAGAGCAAAAUGACAUUUCAUUUUUAAGGGAAGUUGCAAGUUUUUACUGGUUAAAUUUUUAUUUGUAAGAAUUUGUACCGAAGCUAAUCGCAAAGUAAAAAAAAACUCGAAUUAAAAUUUGCGAAUUGCAAUUGCUAAAGGAAUGCUCUUCAUCGACAGCGAUGAUGAAAUGGAACAAAUUAUUGUGGACAAAAUGAAGUCAUGAGAUUUCGAAGCUCGUUAUUUUGCGUUUUCUUUGCUUAUUAUUUUUUUUUUGUUUUAAUUUAAUACGAGGUGGCUCAAGUGAAAAAUAUUUUAAUUUUUGUGAUUUUUCCUGCCAACAAUUAAAUCAACUGUUCUUAAAACUUGCAAAUGGGUACUAGUUUUGUGUUCAUGUACUUUUUUUGGUAUUUUUUUCUUUGAGAGACAAUUUUCGGAAAUUAAGUUACAGGCAAGUUACUGGAUAAUUUUUACAUGAACAGAUCUCAUAAUUAGCUGAUGGCGCUGAACAAAAAAAAAAUCUAGUCGAAAAAAAUGGUUUAUUUCAUGUCUAAUAGCCUAAGUAAGACCUUUUAACAGCAAAAUUUUGAACAAAAGAAAAAAGCAUACGAUUCCCUCAUAUUUUAUUAUUUAAGUAUUUUAUUUAUAGAACAUUUGCAAAUGUGAUCCUUAAAAUAUUUUUAAGCCUACAAACAUAUAUAUUUAAUAAUAAGUAUAAUAGCACAAUUUUUGAAUAUCCCGCAGUAAAAAUGGGACAAUCACUCAAAUGUUGGUGCCUACGCUGUUGGGCGUUAAUUUACUAUUAACUUUUGGCACCAGUUCUUAAAUAUUUACUUUUGUCUACAACUUACGUCAUUCGAAAAGAACAUUUGGAGGAAAAUUGCUCGCUAUUAAUAAAAUAGGAGGUGCCUAUUUGUGAUUGCCGAAUCAGUAUAAACAUUUUCGGGUUGAUUGUCAGGAAAUUAAGCAACUGAAUCUGAAAAUGGUAUUUAAAAAUCUGAGAAAAACGCUUUUUUGGAUCCAACCAUAUCGUAGCAUAUACUCAAUUUUCGAGACCUAGUAUUUAUUGAACAAUUUUGGUGGGAAAAUAUUUUUUAAGUGUUUUGCAAAAUAUUUAGGCGUAGGCGAAUGGGUUGGUGCGAGACUACCAUUCGGAAUUCAGAGCGAAAGAAGAUUCGAAUCUCGGUGAAAGACGAAAAUGAAAAAAAGUUUUUUCUAAUAGCGAUCGCCCUUCCGCAGGCAAUGGCCAACCUCCGAGUGUAUUUCUGCCAUGAAAAAGCUCCUCAUAAAAAAUAUCUGCAGCUCGGAGUCGGCUUAAAAUCUUAGGUCCCUCCAUUUGUGGAGCAACGUCAAUACGCACACCACAAAUAGGAGGAGGAGCUCGGCCAAACACCCAAAAAGGGUGUACGCGCCAAUUAUAUAUAUAUAAAUUAAAUAUAUAUAUAUACCUAUAUAGGUAUAUAUUUCUACAGGUGGUUUAACACUUAUCCUGUAUUCAAAAAAAGUAACGUACGUGACAUAAGUGGGUCAAUUUUGCCCAAUGGACGAAUGAAUAGAUUUUGAUUUUAUUUCAAGGUUUAAAGUAUUUUUUUAUUUAAUAAAUUAUAGAAUUCAACAAGUUUUAUUUAAAAAAUUAGAAAAUUCAGUUAAGUAAGUACAAAAAGGUGUUCUUAUGGCGAUUUUAAGCAACUAGUACAUAGGAUAGAUGUUUCAGAAUGAGUCUUACAAAUAAAGUUUUCGCAGCUUCCGCAUUUACUGCUAUAUUUCGUACUAUUUGAUCGACUUGGACAAAUAAAGCAACGACCAGGUUUUAGACUUGUAGGUUUCGGAGUCUUUUCAGUAGUUUCUGCUGUUUUUUAAGUGUUUAUUACGAUCAUUUUUGCUGCACUGCUUCGGGGGAGUACAGAUCUGCGCGAAAUUUCCUGUAAAAUAAGUUCAUUUCCGAGCUCUUCUAGGAACAAACGACGCUUAAUUUUUUUAUUCUUGUUCCAUUCAGUGUUUAUUUCUCUAAAAAUUACAAAAGCAUUGUAUGCACUUAUAUCCAACAUAUUGUAAAACAAGGACUGUGGCCAUCGAUUUGUCCUUCGCUUGCAGGUGUAUGUCCUAAUAACUUGGUCUAGUACAUCGACCCCGGAUUUAGUUUUGUUGUAAAAAUCUAUGAUUUCUGGCUUUUCAGUGUUGGGAUUGAUUUCAACAUUAUUGUGGAGAGUACUGAGUAGAUAUACAGCUCGAUUCUUUUUAGGCACAUAUCCAACUAUUGUGGUUUUGUUCUUGUUAUCAAAAAAGAAGUGUGAAUAAUUUUCUGGUUUAUUUUUUAACUUUGUAAUUUCCACAGGCAAAAACGUUUUAUUCUUUCGAACCGUACCAACUAGGGUUAUCUUACGUUUCAAAAGUUCAAUCCCCAACUCGUGAGAUGUAAAAAAAUUAUCGCACGUGAUAUUACGACUUUGUAUAUCCUUCACUAGAUCGAGUACAACACGACGCCCCUGCUCUUUCUCAGGCUUACAAUUUCGAUCUUUACCUCUAUACACCUGCAGCGACCAUGCAAAACUUGUUUGGCUAUAACACAAGGCCCAAAUUUUAAUUCCGUAUUUUCCAGGCUUCGAUGGGAUAUAUUGUUUGAAAGGACAACGUCCGCGAAAUGUAACCAAUUGUUCAUCGACUGUGGUGAAUUCUCCAGGAUUAUAAUUUUUUUGGAUGUUACAUUCCCAGCGAUUCCAAACAUCCCUGAUUGGCGCCAGUUUAUCUCGCGCUCGCCUCUCAUUCCGGUCAGAUUUCUUGUCGAACCUCAGGACUCUGGAGAUAUUCUGAAAUCUGCGUAAAGUCGUUGUUGAUCUGAAAAUCGGACGGUCCUUAGAAUCAUCCCACAAACUUUCGAGUGCUUCUCCAUGUGAUCGAAAUACACCUGCUAGGAGCAAAAGUCCAAAAUAUGCUUCCAAACUAAUACCAUCUAUUUCGACUUCUACUUAUAUAAAUAUGUCUUUCAAUUGCAAGUGACUUA